AUGGCUCCGCAGCUCGCGCAGCCCACUAUAGAGGAGCUGGAUGCUGCCAAAUUGAUUGCCGGUCCCUUUUCGCAGUUCAAUGACUCUGUCAUCUUCGAAUAUCUCGAGCCACCAGCCUCGCUCAACGCAACGGUAUUGAUCCGUGCCACGUACGUCAAUCCAGCUGUCAGCGCGCUCAACAAGACUGGAACGAAGCAUCCCCAGUCGCCACCGCUUCAUAUCCAUUUUGAUCAAUGGGAGUCAUUCUUGAUGGCCAAAGGCAAGAUAUGCACGACGUCUACGUACGAGGCGAAAGAAGCGACUCACUCGAGAGGGGACGCUGUCCAUCAUAUAGCGCCUUAUAUGCCGCACUCCUUCCACCCGUGCGCAGAUGCGACGGAAGAUUCGACCAUGUACAUGUGGGCGCACCCUGAGGCUGUGCCCGAUCCGAUGGACCGACUCUUCUUCCAGUCAUUGCUUGGCUUCCUCAGCGACGUGCACGAGAAGAAAGCAUCAAUGAGUAUAUUGCAGAUCAUGGUGAACCAGUCAUUCCAGGGCCUUAUAGCGGCAGUGGGUCGAUGGUGCGGGUACAAAGGGCUGAUCGAGAACUACAUUUCGCCGGAAGAAUGGCAGAACUACCUCCACAGUAAGAGGACCUGA